AGGGGCGGGGCUCUCAGUAAGUGACCGGAUUCCCCAGCGCUCCCUGGUUUCUCCCUUCCCCUCAUUCCCGUUCCCUCCGGCACCAUGAGCGGCUCCGGGCAGCGGGAGGAUGAGACCCUCAUAGAGAUGACUGUGACGGAUGAUAUUUCUGUACUAACCGACUUCCGGACCCCAGAUUCGGCAGGAGAGGACAUCAAUGGGUCCUUAUUAGAUAAUAACUCUAUCACCGACUCGGAACUGCCCGGCAACUCGGAGGGCUUGAGCAGCACAGAAAGCACAUUUCUCAUCUCCAAUCACCAGAGGAUAGACAAACAUGCGCAGAGCAAGGACUCGGUGUUCUUCUGGGAUGGAUCCCGGCGGAUAGAUUUUGUUCUUUCCUACACUGAAGACACAGGCAAAGACGCUGAGAAGAAAGCGGAGAGAAGAAGAGAGUUUGAAUUAAAUUUACAGAAAUCAGGAUUGGAAUUAGAGACAGAAGACAAAAAGGAAUCUGAAAAUGGGAAAACCUACUUUGUAAAAAUCCACGCGCCCUGGGAGGUUCUAACAACUUACGCAGAAGUCCUAAACCUCAAAAUGCCCCUCAAGGCUGAUGAUUUAAAAGAUGAUUCUGAGAACAUUCUGAGCCACGUGCUGAAACUGUUCAAGCUGCCGCAGGAGGUCAUGUAUCCCGAGCCGGACUAUUUCACUGCGCCGUUCCGGAAGGAUAAACAGGAGCUCUUCCGUACUGAGGAAAGGGAGAAAUUCUUCACCCCAUCAACCCGAAACAGAAUUGUGUAUUACAUUCUCUCUCGCUGCCAUUAUGGGGAAGAAGAAGGGAAGAAAAAGUUUGGGAUUAAGAGACUCCUGACCAACGGGUCGUACUUGGAUGCCUACCCCCUCCAUGAUUGUCAGUAUUGGAAGAAAACAGAUGAAAGGAACUGCGAGAGAUACACUCUAUAUACUCACUGGGCAAAGUUUACCCGCUUCUAUAAGGAACAGCCUCUGGAUCUGAUUAGGAAAUACUAUGGGGAGAAGAUCGGGAUCUAUUUUGCCUGGUUGGGCUUCUAUACGGAAAUGCUGUUCUAUGCUGCUGUUGUUGGAUUUUUCUGUUUUCUCUACGGCUGGAUAACAAUGGAUGACAGUAUUAGUAGUAAAGAAAUCUGUGACCCCAACAUUGGUGGGCAGAUCAUAAUGUGCCCCCUGUGUGAUAAGCGCUGUGAGUUCUGGAGGUUAAAUUCCACUUGUGAGCCGUCGCAGUAUUCACAUAUGUUUGACAACGUGGCCACGCUGUUCUUUGCCAUAUUCAUGGGAAUUUGGGUGACCCUGUUCCUGGAGUUCUGGAAGAGGCGUCAGGCCCGGUUGGAAUACGAGUGGGACUUGGUUGAUUUUGAAGAGGAACAGCAGCAGCUGCAGCUGAGACCCGAAUAUGAAUCCAAGUGCACUGAAAAGAAGAAAAAUCCAGUAACUCAGGAAAACGAGCUGGUUAUUAAACAAACGGCUUGUAACUUCCUGGCAAAGAUGUUCUGGUGCUGGAUGUCGGUGCUCUUCUGGAUCGCACUGAUUAUCGCCAGCAUCAUUGCAAUUAUAGUCUAUCGGCUGUGGGUCUAUGCAGCAUUCGCCAGUAUCAUGGAUAAUAAUCUGGCCCUGAAGCCUGUAAGCAACUUGUUAACUCCUCAACUGGCCACGUCUGUCACGGCCUCCGUCCUGAAUUUUGUCACCAUCAUGAUUCUUAACUUCUUGUACGAGCGGGUUGCCAUAUGGAUCACUGAUAUGGAGAUCCCAAGGACCCACCUGGAGUACGAGAACCGACUCACGAUGAAAAUGUUCCUUUUCCAAUUUGUCAACUACUAUUCGUCCUGCUUCUAUGUCGCCUUCUUUAAGGGCAAGUUCGUGGGUUACCCCGCUGAUUACAGCUAUUUGUUCGGCAAGUGGAGAAACGAAGAGUGUGACCCAGCUGGGUGCCUUAUAGAACUGACCACGCAGCUCACCAUCGUUAUGGCUGGCAAGCAAAUCUGGGGCAACAUUCAAGAAGCAUUUGUUCCGUGGACGUGGAACUGGUUGAAGCGUAGAAAGGCCAGGAAUCAUCCUCAGAAUCUCUACAGCCGAUGGGAACAUGAUGGUGACCUUCAGACCUUUGGCGGUUUGGGUCUGUUCAACGAGUAUCUUGAAAUGGUUGUUCAGUUUGGAUUCAUUACGCUGUUUGUGGCCUCCUUCCCGUUGGCGCCUCUCCUCGCGCUUCUGAACAACAUCCUGGAGAUCAGGGUCGACUCGUGGAAGCUGACCACUCAGUUUAAGAGGCCGGUAGCCGCCAAGGCGCACAGCAUAGGGGUGUGGCAAGAGAUCCUGAACGGGAUUGCUAUUCUUUCAGUGGUAACAAAUGCUUUCAUCGUGGCCUUCACGUCCGACAUGAUUCCGCGCCUGGUCUACUACUACGCCUACUCCCAAGAUGAAGGCACGCCCAUGUCGGGAUACAUUGGCAGCAGCCUGUCUGUUUUUAACGUCUCUGAUUUCAAGGAGCAGAGCAUGCCCAUGGAAAAUGACAUGAACGUCAUCAGCUGCAGGUAUAGAGACUAUCGCUAUCCACCUGGCCAUGAAAAGGAGUACCAAGUCACCAUGCAGUACUGGCAUAUCCUCGCUGCCAAGAUGGCCUUCAUCAUUAUAAUGGAGCACGUGGUGUUCCUCGUCAAAUUCUUCGUGGCUUGGCUGAUCCCCGACGUCCCAUCGGAGGUGAAGGCCCGGGUCAAACGUGAGAAAUUUUUAACUCAAAAGAUCUUGCACGAAUACGAGCUUGAGAAGCUGAAGCAGAAGCUUUGCAACAAGAACGAACCUCUCUCGAACGACAAGGAGUUUAUAGCCACCAAAGGAAAGGUGGCGCUCUCUGCGGCCAUGUAGCACCGCCCCACUUAUGGACUUGGGACACUUUUUUUGCGUUUUUGCCCAAAACACAGCCAAUAAUACCUUGUUCAACACCGCUCUUUAUUUUUUAAUAUUAUUUCUUACUUUUGAUUUUAAGCUAUGUUUUUUGUUUUUUUUAACUUUUUUGGAAAACGUUUUUUUGGGGAAGAAUUUUUGACUCUUCGUAUAAAAAGUUUCAAAUAAAAGAAACGUACGUACUCAGGUUUCCAGAUGAAGGCAGUUUGCGUACCCUUUGCCUCGCUGAGUAAUGUACAGAUUCACUGUAGACAAUCCAUUGGCGUUUUGGUGGAACAGCGAAUGUUUUUAUCGGAGCACAGUGUUGAGCUGCUGUAGGAGCUGAGAAGGCUCCCUUUGAUUGGCUGCAUAGCAACGUUUCCACUUUAGUAGUCUCCAGAGCUUCUCGUAGAACAUUGGAUUGAUGGCACAGAGGCAAAACCCUGGGAAUUGUCUUAGGGAACAGGACAAUAAUCAUGGCUACGUUGCACGUUCUCCUUAAUCUCAAAGCAAGAUUCCUGGGCAAUUCCCGACGUUUUGCCGAUUAAUUUAUUUAUUUUACUUACCCUUUCUUGGGAAAUGUCAUCGAUGCGCUGUGUCUUUAAAACUCUGGAAACCCUGCAUAGGUUUUUGCUCCUAGUUUUGUCUCCCUAGAACUGUGAUUUUGAGGGCCACUUGCAAAGAUGAUUAUGACUGUUGCCUUUUUGCUUUUUAUAUCCAAAAUGCAACUGCUUGCUGGGCCUAUACUUAUCAUGAAGGACUCUGCCCCUCUCCGUAGGGGGGGCAGGGAUUAGUAGUUAACAUGUGACAUACCUCCGCCCACUCUCCGCCCCGUUAUGGACUCACUCUUGGGAGGUGUGGGUACAGCAGCCAAGUAUUUAAUAUUUAUACCCAACGUAUAGGUGCUCUGAAUUCGGCAGGAAGCAAUGGCAGCCCUCGGAGCAUCUCUGAGCGUCGUAGUUCAGCAAAACAGCCUCUGAUUUUAUUUUUUGGGGGGGGGGUGGAUACACAAGACAUAAUGAGGUUAUUCUGCAUCGUACUUUCUUGAGUGAUGCAGGAUAGGAUAGAUCUAUUACUGUUAGACCAUAUAUCUUUUCAUAAUGAUGGAACCUGGUCAAUGGUCAUCCACCAUAAUCAACGGUCCUGCAAAAAAAAAGUCCCUUUGCUUUCUCAGGAAAAUGUCACCUGUCUUAUGUACAGAUUGUGUAUAUGUAGCCAUAAUAUACUGUAUAAUGGGUAUAAUGUCCAUCUCUUUAUAUAUUCCAUAUCCUUGCCAUAUCAACGUUCUGCAUAAAAGGUUUAAUCUCAUUGGCUGUCAAGCAGCCUAUGACUUAUCUGGCCAACUGUAGCCAUCUGACUUCUAGCCUCGUUCCAUCAGACGUCCCCUUGUGACUGUUGGACUAGAUUUAUUGGUUGUUGCGUUCAUGUCCUUGUCAUUUCCGCCAUCUUGGCUACUUUUUCUAAUUCCCUUUGGUGCCUUGUGUUAAGCAGUCCUGCAGCUUCUCGGGUGCUGUCACCCUGUGCCUGAAAUCUCUCCCUGUAUUUGGGGCCGAAAACGGCAAAUUCAAGAUUUUUAUGACUGUACCAUUUUCUUUUAACCCCUGAAAACAGAGAUUUUGUUGCUUAGUAAAGACAUUCCACCUUAGGUCUCCUCCUCUGUGCAAUCAGAAAAGCUUUAUAUAUGGUUACAAAUGUUUCAUAAAUUAUUAGCAUGUCUUCCGUGUAUUUACCCUUGCAUAUAUAGUACAGUAUGGGGUAUCCCUUUAUUAAUGUGUGCAGAACAUUCUUUCUAUGUGUAUUACUAUUUAUAUGUGUUUGUGGGAGCUGCCAUACUGCAUUACUAAAUGAGGGGAACGCCAUGGCAGCUCCCACCCAUAAAUAUAUAGGGAAUUAAUGUUAUAGGCACACACUAUGCUAGAGAGUAGAUUUCAUGUGUCUAAUGGAAGAUGUGUAUGAAUUACGUAACCAAUCCAGUUGCACCUUACGGCACUGUUGCUUCCAAGGCCGGCGGAACCAUCUCUGAAUCCGAUUGGUUCCUUCUUAGUAAUGGAUAUAAGACUGUUGAACAGCCAUUAUAUGUCCUAUGUAUCGUGGGUCUGCACAGACAUUUCUCAUUGUGGCCUUUGUUCGGUGUUUAAUAACCAUAGAAAUCAACACUGCUCGUUUGUAUAUCUAAUUAUUUAAUUAUCAGCCCUCCCAAAACUGAUUUGUUCCUUCUUUGCACAAUGAAAAAAUAUAAUUUCAAG